UUUCCACGGUCACAGGUGGUUUUUCCGGGGUUACAGGCGGAAGCGUGUGUGUUGUUUACGUCAGUUUUGGGUCGUCAAUGGGACCGUGUGUGACGGAACCGAGUCACAACCGGCCGUGGUGAUAACAGAGAAAGUGUGCGUGUUUACAGCCGCCGGAAGAUUAAAGCGUAUAUUUAAUUUUAAAGGUAAAAACAUGUCUCUGCCCGCUAAUGCUAAUGCUAACAUGGACGAGAAGGUGGUGCAGUACGAAAACUUCAUCAGUUUGGUUCUGAAGAAAGAUUUACAGAAAGUGUUAGAGCAAAGAGAUGAAGUUUAUGAGAAGAUCUCUGAGUAUCUGCAGCUGAAGAACACCAUCUACAGUCUGCAGGGGGCAGACUCUCAGCGACUGAAGACAGAUGUGGACCUGGGCUGUAACUUCUAUGUCCAGGCUGAAGUGGAGGACACGUCCAGGAUCUUUGUGGCAGUUGGUUACGGUUUCUUUGUGGAGAUGAAUCACGACGAAGCUCUUCGGUUCAUCGACAAAAAGACAAACCAGCUCACAGCCUUCACAGAGCAGCUCACCAAGGACUCCGCCAAAAUAAAAGCCAACAUCCGCAUGGUGCUGGAGGGUCUGCGGGAGCUGCAGGGACUGAGUGACGUGUCCGACAGCAGGAGUGGAGAAGUUCUCUCAAUGUGAUGAUCUAGUGCGGGACAAGCAGAGGACACUUCAGAUUCUACACCCGACCUCUGCACAGCACAGAGGUUCCACCAGGACGGCCUGUUGGUGGCGCUGUAACAGAUAUGACACCGCCCUGAGGAGGUUUCACUCCCCGCAGCACACAAACGUCAGGAGUAAACACAUGUUCAUCACAUGAUGAGUAGAGGAAAUGAUAAUGCUGACUCUAGUUCAGCAUAAAUAAAAUCAUAGCGAUGAAGCACCUGGAGUCUGUUGCCAUGGAAACUGCACGCUAAACGGAAGCAGCUGUGUGAAGGAACUGGGUGAUGGUGAUGCACACACACAGUCAUCUCGCUAAAUAACGGAUAAUUGAUCUCAAUAAAAAUUAUAAUUUCA